UAACGUCUCGAUUCGGUUUGGAGCUAAGCACCGGGUGCCAGGCAAGCUCUGGCCGCGAAUACCUAAGAAUAUCAGCCUUGUCAACAAUUGUUCCAUUAUUCCAUAACAACUAACCUCUACAUUUCAAAAAUCAUCAUGCCUGCUACUACAGCAGAAACCCUCUCCCUCGUUUCGAGAACUGUAUCAGUUGCGCCGCUGGUAUUACUUUCAGCAGCAGAUCAUUAUGGACGGUCGGAAAGUAAAGGCACGCGCAGAGUGGUUGGAGUUCUGUUAGGACAGAAUGAAGGAAAGAAUGUACGAGUAUCAAACAGUUUUGCUGUUCCAUUCGAAGAAGAUGAGAAAGAUCCAUCAGUAUGGUUUUUGGACCACAACUACGUCGAAUCGAUGAACGAUAUGUUCAAGAAGAUCAAUGCAAAAGAGAAGCUGAUAGGAUGGUAUCAUUCUGGGCCUAAGCUGAGAGCUUCAGAUUUGGAAGUCAAUGAGUUGUUCAAAAGAUAUACACCCAACCCAUUACUUGUGAUUAUCAAUUGUCAACCAACAGACAGCGGCGUACCAACAGAUGCCUACUUUGCGGUAGAGGAGAUUAAAGAUGACGGCACAACUACUUCCAAGACUUUCGUACACACACCAACGAUCAUCGAGGCUGAGGAGGCUGAAGAAAUCGGAGUUGAACAUUUACUUAGAGAUAUUAGAGAUGUGGCGGUUGGUACCCUUUCAACACGAAUCACAAGCCAAGUACAAUCAUUGCAAGGACUACACGCACGAUUACGAGAUAUUGGUCAAUAUUUACAAAACGUCCUCGAUGGAACUCUACCAGUCAACCACGCCAUUCUAGGCAACCUUCAAGAUGUUUUCAACCUCCUCCCUAAUUUAUCUACACCCAAAGCCUCCUCUCGCAUCCCUAACGGCGCCGAUGCACCUAUUGAGAAUAACAGCGAACUGGCACAUGCUAUGAGCAUAAAGACCAACGAUCAAUUGAUGGCUAUCUACUUGAGUAGUUUGAUCCGCGCCAUUACCGCCUUCCACGACCUUAUCGAAAAUAAAAUCCAAAAUAGACAACAACAAGAGGAGAAAGAUGCCAAAAAGGAUGAAGCCAAAGAUGAGAAGGACAAGAAGACUGAAGGAACUAAUGGUGUAAAUGGGGAUGCCAAGGAGGGCAAGGAAGCGGAAAAGGAGAAAGAGGAUAAGGAAAAGAAGAAGUGAUGACGAACAAUUGGGGAGUUGGUGAAUAUCUAUGGGUGUUUAUGAGGUAUGGGCAUUCAGAUUGGGGCAUGACAUAGGACAUUUGAGACGAGCGUGAGAAUUGAUAUGUCAUUGUAUCAUAAAUGCAUAGCUUGCGAAUAAUAGCAGCCGUGGAAAGUUUUCAGUGUGAUUUUGACACUCUGUAUGUGCUCAUUGAUGUUCUUCGAAUCUAGA